AUGCAUCUCGUCGCGCCCUCUACCCAUUCUUGGCCGCCGCCACCCGCAGAUCCCUCGUCCGCCGCGGCCCUUCUUUCCACGCCUAACUACGCCUCCUAUUCCGCUCACACCGCCGUCUCCGCGUCGUCACGCUGUCCGGUCUGCGCCCAGCUUCACGCGCCGUUUUGUUCCACCGAUUCCACCGCCGGCACUCCCCCGCUGCCAGUUGCGCCCGCAACUAACUCCUGGGAUGCGACCAUCACUCCCCCUGGCGCGUGGCCGGGCGCGACUGAGGCUGCUUGGCAGCAGCAGGCGCAAGCGGCGCAACAGUACUGGGCGGCGGGAGAUGGCGUGCCCGGUUUUGAGGGCGCGGGUCACUGGCAUGCGCCCAACUACCAUCUCCCUCCUCCCGCCUUUCCUUCCAACUCCCCCCCUCCCUCUCAUCCUCCUCUCCCCACUUCGCAACCCCCCCCUCCCUCUCAUCCUCCUCUCCCCCCGUCGAAACCUCCCCCUCCGUCUCAUUCCCCUCUCCUCCCUUCGCAACCCCCUCCUCCCUCUCAUCCUCCCCUCCCCCCUCAUCCUCCCCCUCCUUCCAACCCCCCGCCUCCCUCACAUCCUCCCCCGCCACUUCCGCCGUCAGCUACGCUGUACGCGCAACCGCAGCAGGCGUCCGCCAAUGGGUAUGCGGCGGAGGUUCAAGUCGGAGGGCCGGCGGGUGACGCGGCGCAUCAGGCGACGUGGGGCUGGCAGCAGGCGCCGCCCUUCCCGCCGCACAUGCAGCAGCAGGAGGCGCAGGGGGCGUUAGAGUCCCGGUAUUUCCAAGAACAGCAUGCCAGUCGGUACGCGCCGUACCCCGAGGCGCAGCAGGAACGACCACCGCUUUACCCAGGAGAGGCGCACGGUGGCGGGGAGACGCGGGAGCGCGAACAAUGGGAGGAAGCGCAGCGCCAGCAGCAGCAGCAGCAGCAGCACCACCACCACCACCACCACCAGCAGCAGCAGCUGCAGCAACAGCAGCAGCAGCAGCAGCACCAGCACCAGCACCAGCAGCAGCAGCAACAGCAGCACCAGCAGCAGCAGCAGCAACAGCAACAGCAGCAACAGCAGCAGCAGCAUCAUCAGCAGCAGCAACAACGGCAGCAGCAGCAGCGGCGGGGGGAUGAGACGCGGUUUGUCAUUAUCCUCCGUGGCUUGCCAGGCAGUGGCAAGAGCCACUUGGCGAGGGCGCUGCGGGACGUGGAGGUGACCAACGGGGGGGCGGCGCCCAGGGUGUUUGCCCUGGACGACUACUUCAUGCUGCAUGACGAUGAUGACGACGAGGAUGAGCAUGUAUUGUACGCCAUGCAUGGGGGAGGGGGGCCGGUGCCGAGAGUGUUCGCCCUGGACGACUACUUUAUGCUGCAUGACAAGGAGGAGGAUGAUGAGCAUGCACGUUACGUACACCCUGCAUGGGAUGGGGGCAAGGGGGGCGCAGGGUACUGCCGCGCACAAGGAGCAGGGCCGUUGCUCCCAAUCGCCGUGUAUCCUUGUCCGCAUCCUGCCACCCACCCACGUGUCCUUUCCACCCCCUUGCCUGUCCCUCACGUGUGUUCCGCGUGCAACAUGGCACAGGAGCGGGCAGCGGCGGCACGCAGGCGGAAGGGAGGAGGCAAGGGCGGAGGGGAAGUGGUGAAGGGAGGGGGCGAGGCGCGGUACAAGUAUGACGCGACACAGGAGGAGCUGUACCGAGCCAGCAUGCUGAGAGCUGAUGAGGAAGAUGAUGAUGGGGAUGAUGAUGAGGAUGAUGAGGAGGAGAGUGGUGGAGGUGGAGGUGCGUUGGCGGGCCUUCUGGCUGCAUAUGGCAGUCAGAAGAAGCAGAAGAAGCACAAGCGCCACAAGAAGCAGGGGGCUGCACAGGGUGCCACAGCGGGCGGCAGCAAGGCAGUGCGCGGCAUUCUCAAGGGGUCAAAUGGUUGUGGCAAGAAGAAGGCUCUGCGAUGGGUUGACAACCAAGACCACUCCCAGCAGGAUGCGGGGUUCACCAUGGGUGCUGCCACGCCCCCCACACGCCCCUCGCUCAUCAUCGGCCCUGGUGCCGGCUACUCCUUGGCAACCAAUCCUGUGCAAGCGGAGGAGGCGGAGGCAGUGGGCAGUGGGGCGGGGGGUGCGGGUGGGGGCUUCCAGAUAGUGGCGGACCAUGUGGCACAGCAGGUGCUGUGGCGGCAGCAGCUGCGAGCAGAGGGCGAGCAGUUCCGCGCCAUCAUGCGCUCGCGCCGCUCGCAGCGCCGCACCGAUGAUGAUGAUGACUGA